AUGAGUGAUGAAUCCAAAGCGUUAGCAGUUCUGUUGCAGGAGGCGUUAUCUGUUACGUUAGCGGACUCACAAAGUGAGGCGGCUAUUCAAGAUCAUUUCAAUGAGAUUAUUCUGAACUAUUCAUUUGAUCGAGUGGAUGAGCAAGAUUACUCGGAAGGUUUUGUGUGUUGUGAUAUGAGGACCUACGUGGAGAGCGAGCUCGCGACGCGGUUCGAGCUUCCCAACUUUGAGCUGAGUCUUAACGUUGAUGCUACCGCGGUUUGGUCACAAUUAUUUGAAACCCAUUGGAAUUCGAUCGAAUACGCUCUUACCCUACAAAUCAUCAUCUCUUUGACCAAUUUUUCGGUACUGAACAGAUCGAAAAUAGGGUCUGUUAAAGACAUCAAAAAGAGAUUAUUUCAUAGAACUAUCAAUGCUGAUGACGUCAUACCUAUUGUUCGGGAUAGACUAUCGGAUCUACUUUCGCUGGUGCUCACUGUCGACUGUACUCCCGCAGAUCUGCUGGAACUGUACGCGCGAUUCUUGAAGUAUCCGAUCAACCGAACUGCCGACGCUUUGGCUGCUCAGCUUUGCGAUCCGUUGUCACAAGCUUUUUUCCUGUUCGAAAAUUGCUACUACAUUUUAAACGUUCCACGGUAUGAGGAGGACAACAGAUAUACUUUCCAGUAUUUUAUGGAGUUCAACUCUGUAACGUCAAAUCGAAUAACGACUUUAGGGGCAGAUCUGUAUCUGGAGAUCGAUGAUGGGAAAUUUUGUGUGUCGAAUGAUGAGUUCGUAAUGGCACUUUUUGAGGGCUUCGAGUUUGAGGCUGGUACUCUUUACUCGAUUGCGGUGACCAUUGAGGGGAACGAUAUAUCUCUUCAUGUCAACGGUAAUCUCAUUGAUAGAAUAACCUUGCUGGAUGGAGCAACCAAUAUGACUGGCCAAGUUGAUUUGGGAUCGAUGAUAUGCUCUUUCAAACUCUAUCGGCUAACUGUAUAUCACGGAAGCUUGCCAGAAGACACAAUUAAGGCCGCUUAUGCGCUGGGUAGUACCUUCCAUUAUGCUUGGAAUGAGACUACUGAUCUUCGUGCUAUACGAUUGGCGCUCGGAGAUCUGUUCUUACAGAGAAGCAGCUCUAGUAUGGAUUUUAGCAAUCAUUUCAUCGAUUGCCUAUUAGAAACAAAGCGGGAAAUCGAUUCGAAAAGUAUUUGCUUGGAUAUCGAUCCUGCUUUUGUUCACCUAGAAAAACAUCCCAAUAAUGGUUGGUUGUCACCAGAUGAUGCGUUCUUUCAUGCCACCACAGGCAAGUUCCUCCACUUCAAGCCGGCUUUAUUGCUGGCUAUGUUCAAGUCAAUCAAUUGUUUUCAGUUUAUCCUUUGCAGUCUUGAAAAGGUUGAAGACUGGGACGAUCUUUUUAGAUUUCUAUCGCAUCUAAUGACUUUGCUGCAGAACAAUCAUCUCCGUGCUUGGUUCACACAGGAUUAUGGCUUUCCACUUUUAUCACAUAUUCUGGUGACGAAAGUGCAGAGAAAUAUGAAAUCUACACUUCCUAUACAGUUUUUCAACCUUUUUCAAGAAUUCUGCGGUUGGAAUUUUUCAAACAUUACUAAGUCAGUUAUCGAAGAUGAUACAGCUUAUCAGGCAUUGAUACUGAACACCGACUUAUGGUAUCGCCUUUCUAUGGAAGUCAAUGCUAGUCGUGAUGGGGUAGAGAUCCUGAGAUUUUCGCUUUUCCAGAUCUCUAGUUUGUUACAGGCAUCCGAAUUUCGCACUUUAAAUUCUCAAAAGCUGCGAAACUUGGAAGCAUUGAAAAAGCUUUGCAUUAAUCAGCAUGUAUUCGCAGAAAAAUAUGGAUACCCAAGUAUUUUCACUGAGUUAGCGACCGAGUUAUCUCACGUUUACGUUUUGCUACUGAAAGAAGAACUUUCCAGAGGCAACAUUCAAUGGCUUCUGCAGUUUGCAUAUUUUGAACUUAGAAGCGGUUACUACAAAAACGCUGAAGCUUCCCUAGCUGCUUUCGAUACGUUGUUCGUCGAAGUAUUAGACAAUGCCGAAACGAGCCAGAUUCGGUUGAUCACUGACUCAAUAUCGCCGAAAUUUUCACUCAUGAUCCUUGAUGAAGUUGUAAAUGCAAAGGGAGAUCCUCUCAUCGCUCUUCGAAUCCUCCUGAAGAGGCUUCUGGUUAAUCAAACUGUCUACAAAAAUUUCGUCAAAAGCAAUGGGCUAGACCUCGUGUUAGCCAUUCUCAAAAAAGCAGACUCUCGUUACAACGAGGAUAUCGUUUGCUUACUCUACGCUCAUUCAUUGGGCCACUAUAGUAUUGACCCUAACGUGAAGGUACCCGAUGUGCUGGAAAAUGACAGUCCCCAUUCUGAGGCGACAGUUGUUAUGAAGGAAAUAUUGAUUCUAGCCGUUAAUUUACUUGAAUGGACUGUUAUCAAUGACAUUAGCUCUACUAUUCCAUUAGAUUUGGAUCGCUUGAUCAAGGCGUUCGUCAGGAGACUUUCUGCAAGCGUGGAGAAAUUUAAUAAUGAAUUAGUACUGCAUUCCAUCACAAUGACGCUUUUUCAGGCCCUCACAGAACUUCAUGCUACUUUAACGAGGCCUCAAAAUUCUGCAAUUUACGAGGGCUCUAGUAAUGCGAUAAAGAAACUGAUAUCAGAUACUGUCGUUAAUGCCAUGAUGAGCUUAAAACCGGAUGACUUUGCACAGUAUCUUGAAGCGAUGAUUAACUGGCCUGAUAUCAAGAUGAAGGCUCUCUCAAUGAAUGGGAAACAAUAUGGUUACCACGAGCUGUCUUUUUUUUGGCUUUUAAUCCCAGGUGUUUUCAAAGGAAUUCGAGAAAUGGGUGACUUUUUUUCCUAUGAGCUGUUCAGCAAUGAUUGUAUGAUCUUAAACUUUGAGCUUCUCUUCGAAAAAGUCAAACGGUAUUUGAUUUCAUUCAGAUUCGAAUGGAAAGUCUAUAUUGACGCGUUUAAAUGCAUAGUCAUCUGUCUUAAGGGAGCAAGGAAAAGAUGGCGUGUUAAGAAAUCAUCACUGUCGUCCCUCAGUGAUAUCUUUCGCUUUACGGUCAUAGUCGCAUUGCUUCAAUACGUUGAUGAGGAGUGGGAAUUCAUGAGAGCUGAAUAUCUCGAUUCUAUCUGUUCGCUGCUUGCUGAACACUCUGGAGACAUAUUUAUGCAGGAAGGAUCUUUGUGGAAUUACGACUUCGCUCGCCUAUUUUUAUGGAUCUUACUUCGCCAUGUAUGUACUACUGAGCCGUCAAGGUCGAUUAUGGUUUGCUUUGAAAUGCUACUAAAAUAUAGAGCGGAAAGCCUAAAUCCUAUUCUGGAAUCUGAGGGCUUUAAGUUACCUGAAAUUCUAGAGGCGCUUAGGUUAAACUCAGAGACAAAUCAUCAAGAAAGCAAAGAAGUCCGGGCCUUCAUAGAACACAACAGAAAUACUGUGAUCCCCUAUGCCCUAUCAGUAACCAAGAAAAAGACGUUCGGACCGGUCUUUCCACAAGAGCGUUUUAUGGUUGAACUUAACGUUAUUAAGGACACUAAGAUGGAAACGAGAAUUGAAGAGGUAAGAAAAAGACUCCAACUCUUUCGCAAUGACAAUGUUGUCUUAGAUAGAAAAGUCUGGACAGGCUUUAGAAAAAUCUAUGUCAAUUUCUUGACGGACAGAGGCGAAGAUGAGUUAUUACACGAGCAGCAAUGUUUCUCUUUCGCUGUGCACCUCAAACAUACUUCAUCUUUGCAAAGGAGUAAUAGUGGCGAUUGCGAGUGGGGUCUGGACUCUGUUCAAAAUUCAAAUGGGAUGAAAGGGCACUUAGUAUCCGUUUGGCGUCAUUUGGACUAUGAUAAGGUAGAGAAACAGAUGCAAAGGACCUUGCAGGAUGAAGAUACUGCUAACAUUUCCCAACAAAAUCAAACGAGAAAUACCAACAAUAGCUUCCUGUCUUAUGAUUUGAUAUCAGAUAUUGAUAGUCUUAAACAGUCUGGGACUGAGAAUGAGGAUGAAAAUAGAAAAAUACUUAAAUUACUUCAGGGAUCUGAUGGCAUAAAGAAAAUAUGGAAUACCAGUCUUAUCAUUGGGCUCAAAGUCAGAGAAGGCGUUCUUAUAAUGGGCGAUCUUUAUUUGUACUUUGUGAGUAAUUACUACUUCGUCAAGGAAGAGAACAAAGUUUUAAAGCUUACUGAAAUACCAGAUGCCGAUAGAGAUAUAACUCUCAGCCUCAUAACUGGUUCGCCUGGGAAUCAAAGAGGUAUGUCAACUUCCCAAAUCGUGCAUACUUGGCGGAUGUCAGAUUUGACAUUCAUUGUCAAGAGACCCUUUCUGUUAAGAGAAACGGCCUUGGAGAUAUUAUUUGAGAAUGGAACCAGUUAUCUUUUCAACUUUAACAGUAAAAGUUAUAGAGAUGACGCCUAUCACAUUCUUGAUAAGUUGCCAAGCAAUAAGGAGAUUGAUCCCGUUUUAUACAGUACUUUGCAGGAACUGAACAGCUGUAGCGGCAGUAUUGGAUUAAAAAAUGGUCUUUACAAGAAAAGCCUGAAGACGAAGCUCGCCAAAGCUUUCUCGGCAAACUUAACUCUCACAGAUGGAUUCUCUGCAACUCAGAAAUGGCAAAAGGGAGAAAUUUCGAAUUUCUACUACCUGAUGAUGGUCAAUGCUUUGGCGGGGAGGACAUUCAAUGAUAUUACCCAGUAUCCGGUUUUUCCUUGGGUCAUUGCCGACUAUACGAGUGAAGAGCUUGAUUUGAAAAGCGCUGCUACGUUCCGAGAUCUCACCAAACCAAUGGGGGCACAAUCGCGUAGAAGGGAGGUGCAGUUUAUCGAAAGAUUCGAAAUGCUAAAAGCUUUGGAUGAUCCUUCGUCGCCGCCAUUUCAUUAUGGCACUCACUAUUCCUCGGCGAUGAUAGUCUCUUCAUACUUGAUCCGCUUGAAGCCCUAUGUGGACACCUUUCUGCUACUACAGGAUGGAAGAUUCGGCCAUGCCGAUCGUCUCUUCAAUUCGAUUGACCGUGCUUGGUCUUCAGCCGCUGUUGAAAAUACAACGGAUGUACGAGAGCUGAUUCCUGAGUUUUUCUUCUUGCCUGAAUUUCUUAUCAACCUGAAUAAUUUUGAUUUGGGAAAAGAUCAGCAAGGCAAUCAGGUCAAUGACGUUAUUUUACCACCAUGGGCUAAAGGUGACCCCAAAAUUUUCAUUGCCAAGAACAGAGAAGCACUUGAAAGCCCCUAUGUAUCCGCAAAUUUACAUCAUUGGAUUGAUCUGAUAUUUGGCGUAAAACAACGCGGGGAAGAGGCUGAAUUAGCUGUUAAUGUUUUUAACAACUUAAGUUAUCCUGGGGCUGUUGAUUUGGAUAGCAUUAGCGAUGAAAAUGAAAGACGUGCUGUUACAGGCAUCAUUCACAACUUUGGUCAAACUCCUCUACAAAUAUUUCACGGCCCUCACCCACCGAAGAGUGUCCUCAAGUUGAAGCAAAUUGAAGAACGCAUAUGGAACGAAAUUAGGCCAGCGCCACAACGUGUCUAUGAGCCAGAUUCAAAAUGCUCGAAACUCAAAGGAAUCAAGUAUAUUUAUUGCGAGCCACAUGUGGACGGCUCUAUUUGCUGGAAGGGUUAUCCAUUCCUAGAUGUUAUGAUAAGAAGCGGCCCCCAGCUCGUGCCGCUGAAGAUACGCGAACCAUACUCGCUAGAGAUUGGCGGCAAAAUCUACGAAAUGCUUCAUCCCUGUCGCAUAUGCAGUUUUUUUCUAUGGAAAGAGGAUAAAUUCUUGACUGGAGAUGAGAAUGGCUUGAUCCAAGCGUGGGGAUAUGACAAACCAAAAGAAGUUGAGCUUACUUGCUUGGGAAAGCUUCACGGACAUCUUUCCGCCGUAAAAGACAUCAAACUAUAUUUCGAUUAUAGUGCUUUGUUGUCCGUCGAUGUGAGUGGGACCGUGUACUUAUGGAAUUUGUUGGAUUACCAAAUCAUACGAAGAAUCUCAUCCACAGGCCUAAGAGCAGCAAUCUCUCAAAAUGAGGGAAAUAUCGCCGUGUACACAAUGGACAGAACCCUGGCAUUAUAUGAUUUCGGGGGGUCCCAUUAUUUGAGUAAAUUGAUGGAUGAUAAGGCCAUUGUCACAUGCUUGGAAUUCGUCAAUUUUACAUCUCCAGAUCUCUCCUCUAAGCGACAUGCAUAUUGGAAGGAGAAAGACGUACUGGUGGUGGGAUACGACAAUGGUGAGUUGGAAAUUUACGAGUUGAUUCUGACUGCAAGAUGGGAGCUCAAAAAACUUAAACAAUUACACUCUGCUAAGAAUUUCGAAAUCAGUAGCAUUAGAACUCAGCUGAGACUUUAUUGCAAUGAUGAUGACUCUAAAAUUUCACUCGAACUACCUAAACUUGAAAUAAUGGCGGGAGACUCGCAGGGAUAUCUCUAUUUAUGGAAUUGA